GGGGGCACCCUUUCUUUAUUUCUUUCUUUUCCAUUUAUCUUCUCAUAUUUAAUCCACUGCGAAGCUUCUAGAAAGAACAAAAACUCUCUCUCUCACAGGUGGAGCACUUCUCUCCCUCGUUCUGUGGUUGAAGAUCCGGCGUUCCGAAGCUUUAUCGCCGGAAAUUUCCCCUUAUGCUGGAGGAAUCUCAUUCGAUUUCCACUAAUUUUUUCGAGUCUGCGAGUUUGAUGGGUUGGAUUAAUAGGGAAGGAAGUGAAUCAUAAUAUUCCUCUCCGUCUUAAUGUCUGUGACGUGUUCUAGAUGUUAGGGUGAGAAUUGGGAUUGAUCAGAAGCUAUGGCUCUCCCACCGGGUGAACAGAUCGGCGAAGCAACCACCACUGGUGACGCUCACAGAUCUCUGCCAACGCCUUUCCUGACAAAAACCUAUCAACUUGUCGACGAUCCUGCCAUAGACGACGUUAUUUCCUGGAACGAAGAUGGUUCCACUUUCAUAGUCUGGAGACCGGCCGAGUUCGCAAGAGAUCUGCUCCCAAAAUACUUCAAGCACAAUAACUUCUCAAGUUUUGUUAGACAACUCAAUACCUACGGAUUUAGGAAAAUCAUUCCUGAUCGUUGGGAAUUUGCAAACGAUUGCUUCCGCAGAGGAGAGAAGAAGCUUCUAUGUGACAUACACCGGCGAAAGAUCUCACCGGCGGCAACCGCAUCAGCCGUGACACCACCAGCAGCGGGACAAACGGUUCUACCGGGGUCUCCAACAAACUCCGGCGAAGAACAGGUUCUCUCCUCGAACUCAACACCAACCAUGGUUACUGCUACUUGUCGCCUUACGAGCUGUACCACUACCGCUGAGCUUCUGGACGAGAACGAGCGGUUGAGAAAUAUAAAUAUACAGCUUUCACAUGAACUGACGCAGAUUAAGAGCCUCUGCAACAACAUCUUUGUUUUAGUGACCAAGUAUGCUUCUUCACAGCAAGAGAAUGGUGGUUUCCUGACUGAGAAACCGCUUGAAUUGUUGCCGGCGAAGCGGCUUGCAGAGGAAUCUGAUGCCAUUGCUGGAGUGAGUCAGAGCCGAGUGAAGUCCGAUGACGAGAUGAGUGCACGGUUAUUCGGUGUUCCCAUAGGAGUGAAACGUGUGCGAGGGUGUGACGAGGUGCAGGAUCAAGAGCACCAGCACCAGCACCAGCACCAGCACCAGCACAAGCAACAACAACAACGACAGGGGUCUGAGGUGAAAUCAGAACCGUUAGAUCAGAACUCUGUUCAUCGGGACCAUCCUUGGCCAAAAACUGUCGCCGACCUAACCACAGGGUUUGUAAUUGACAGAAGAUUGUCAUGGUAGAUUAGAGAGGACGGAACAGAUUUGGUGUCCCCGUAUGAGGAGAUGUGCACAUGCGAAUCACACGGGGGGAUCAUGUGUUUUCGUCAACCUCUAUCUGGGUAAAUCAAGAAACUUCUCCAGCCUUAACUUCUUAUUGCUUAUAUAUAUUCUGAUUUUCUUUUUUGAUUUCAACUCUUCUUCACUUUCGGGCGUUUAAAUUCAAAGAAGAGAAUGUAAGAAUUUGAACGCUGGGAUUGGUCUGUAAAAUCUGGUUGUGAAGGCAAAUUACCAGUUUUUUCAUCCUUUCA